UUUAGUUUAUAGCCAUUACGUUCUUUUUUCUUUCGGAAAGUGUUGUGUAUUUCAAGCAUGUGAUUUUUAAGAAGUUUUGAACUUUUGGAGUGGUUAUUUCAAAAGCAGAAAAUUAUUUCUCUACUUCGUUGUUUCGCAGAUGAACGGUUCAUGAAACAAAAUCCAGACUCAAAUAAUACUGAUGUCUGAGCCAGAGGCUGAACUACAUCCUGGAGUGGAUAAAAUAAAUCAAUUGUCAUAAUUUUGUGGUUAUGAAUGAGCUAUUCUUAUUGGACGAUACAUAUUCCCAUUCCAAAACAAGCGUAUUCUUAUUGGUUGCUACCUGACUGGUUGGUUAUUGAUGGUUUGCCAGUGGACAGAAAAAGAAACCUGGUACUGAGUUAGCUAUGGACCAUUUCGACCAAUUCUAUAGCACUGUCUACAAAGACUGGCCUUCUAUCCGUUUAGGGCUCUUAUGUCCUCAUCACUACUGUGCUGUUGCAAAUACCUUCUGUGCAAACAAGUCUCCUGAACACCUGUUUGGCGACUCAGAUUUGUUUGAUAUGAAAACCAUGUAUCAUCUGAAUCUAAGAGAGAACCCAGAUGCAGGUCCAGAAGAAAUAGAAGAGCUUCCUGAAUACAAUCCUCCUGAAGAACAAAUGACUCAUCCAGAUUCAUUAUCAGAUAAUGAAAAUGAUAGUGAGUUAGUACCUUGCGAUCAGGAUGAGUACAUGCCUGCAACUGAGUUUAAGAACAGAGAGUUUGAAUCUGAUGAGUGUGAUGAAUUUUAUUUCCCUAAAAUUAAUUACAAGGCAAAACUGAUUCGGCAUGGUGUUAUACAUUUUCCUGAGCACUGGAAUAUUUACUAUUGUUUCAGAGGGAAAUUCAAAAGAUUUCCUCAGCCCAGAGUAGAUGUUACUGGAUUGCUAAAUUAUUAUUUAAUGGAUGGAGCAUCUAUAUUACCUGUUCUUGCAUUGGAUGUUCAAAAGAAUGAAGAUGUUGGAGAUUUGUGUGCUUCUCCUGGUGGAAAAUCACUUGCUAUUUUAUUUGGACUCAGAUUUGGUCAGCUUGUUUGCAAUGAUGCUAGCCUCUCUCGGGUGAAUAAGUUGAAAACAGUUUUGAAUUCUUAUCUUCCCGGGACAUCAGAGUGGAGCAAAAAAAUCUUAGUUUCAAAUCUUGACGUUUGUGACUGGAGAUGCUUUGAUGCUUUUGACAAGAUAUUACUUGAUGUCCCAUGCACAAAUGAUAGGCUUUCUGUGAAUAAGGACACUAACAAUAUGUUUCAUCAAAAAAGAUACACUGAGAGAAUGCAGGUGCCAAAAACUCAAACUUCAAUGCUCUACCAUGCACUACAAGCCCUAAAACCCAAUGGCUCUUUAAUAUAUUCUACAUGUUCCCUCUCACCUAUUCAGAAUGAUGGAGUAGUUCACAUGGCCUUAUCCAAACUAUCAGUGGAAACUUCCCUAGACUUUGUUGUUAAUGAUUUAAGUGAAGCUUUCUUUCCUCUACGUAAAAUGUUCCAAUUUAGUGAUACUUGUAGAUAUGGACAGCUAGUUGUGCCAUUUUUACCUUUGAAUUACGGUCCUAUGUACAUAGCAAAAAUUACUAGAACUAAAUAAAAAUUUAUAGAUUUU